AUCCUCCAAACAUUCCUGAUCAACGCAUACAUUUUAACGAAACUGAUGUAUCACGAACCCUACAGUGUCUAGCAUACGGGAUACCUGCAACGUAUUCGUAUGGUCGAUGGCAGCACCUUUCGUUCUUUGGUGAACCCAUUAGAUACUUAUAUUCUUCAACUGAUGGUAAAAUGACUCUACCGCCAAUUUCAAAUACGAUGGAAAGGUAUCAGGACAACGGUAUAUAUUUAUGUACUGCUUCAAAUAGUGUUAAUGAUAGUAGCGGAAAUAUAUUUCAGACCGGGAAGACCUUCGUUAUUUCAAAUGGACCACCCGUGUUAUUGGAGAAAAAUGAGCAUGUACAGUAUGUUAAUCGAGCGAAAAUAUUAAAUCUAAAAUUCAGUGUCUACAGUCCGUCUGAUUUAGAAUGUUUUAAAGUUGAUAACAGUAAAACAGAAAUAAAAACCUCAACAGAGAUGAAAUCUGUGAAUAGAACUACGAUUUUUCAUGGUGUUGAAAUAUCUGUUAGCUCAAUUAAAGUUGUUUCGAGGUUCAACAUAUCUGAUGAGAGUGACCAGCAGGUCUAUACAAUAACCCUGUGUAAUGCUUACGGCAAUAGUAGUUUCGUUAUAGAGUUAACACCAAUUGAUGUAGAUGAAAUGAAGUCAAAACGUACAAAGAUUGCUGUAAGUGUCAGCUCAGUUAUGCUGGUGUUGUGUGUGGUCAUUUCAGGGAUAACAAUUUUUCUGAAGAGAAAAAGAAACACAAGGCGCAAUGCUAGAAGAGAAACUGAAGAGAUGACAGAGGUAGCAGAAGGCUUUCCUAUAACUUUGAACCAUGCUCCAGAAAAAGCAAUGCGGAAUGUAAAAAGAAGUGAGGAAACAAAUUACUCUCAUGUUUGGUGUUGA